AUGCUUUUGAUUGUAGUUUGUGUGUUCUUGAUUGCUAUUUCAAAGAAUUUCACGGUCUAAAGACAUUUAAUUGAAGAACCAUUGACAGUCUUUGUACCUAUAUUUUUCGCACUAAUACAAGUCGCCGUUUAGACUAUAUCAACUGUGAUUAUUAGAAAAUCCUCAUUCUCGAAGUACUAGUUGAGGGCAAAAUACCCAAUUAUUUUGAGAUUUUAUCUAUAAUAAGCGCUCUUAUUGGAACUAUAAUUUUAGCCCUUGCCAAAAAAUGAAUUGGAUGAUCUAGGAAAUAUUUGA